AUGCCCGGCACAUCCCCCGUCAUCCUCAUCCUCGGAGCAGGACCAAAUAUCGGCCACGCAGUGGCUCGGACCUUUGCUUCGAGAGGCUACAAGGUUGCCCUGGCCGCGCGAUCCCUGAACGAGGCAGACAGCACCGACAACCAACUGAACAUCCCGAGUGACUUUUCCAACUCGGACGAUGUGGUCAAGGCAUUCGACAAGGUUAAAAAAGUGUUUGGUAUCCCCAGUGUGGUGGUUUAUAACGUCAGCGCCUCAACCCUCACCCCUCCCAAGGACCCCUUCGCCCUUCCACUGGCGGCUUUCAAUCGAGAUGUCGCCAUCAAUAUCACCAGUGCGUUUGUCGCCGCGCAACAAGCCGCCUCGGGCUUUGCCCAGCUGCCUUCUUCUGCUUCGAGGACCUUCAUCUACACGGGAAACAUCCUGAAUGUUGCCAUCCUCCCGUCCUUUCUCUCCCAAGGCAUGGGCAAGUCCGCCGGCGCCCAUAUGAUCUGGGCAGCUUCAGCGGCAUAUCAAGACCGUGGAUACAAGUGGUAUUACGGUGACGAACGCAAGGCAGACGGCACCGCCAUCUACAGGGUCAACGGAGACGAACAUGCAAAGCUCUACUGGAAGCUGGCCGAGGACAAGACUCAGGGUCCGUGGCUGCAGACUUUCGUCAAGGGAGUGGGAUACACCGACUUUGACAGUCAACAUGCGUCUUCUAGCAAAGUCUAA